CCCUAACACGACCUUAAGUUGGGAGCAAGCUUAGGGCAAGCUCCUCAUUCUCCAUACCUCAUAUACAUACCUCGUUCUCUUCCCCUCGAUAUUCUUGAUACUCCCCAUGUCGAGCUUUCCCGAUUAUUAUGUGCUGCUCAAUGUAUCAAAGACAGCCACCGCCGAGGAGAUCAGACAGGCUUAUAAAAGGGAGUCACUCAGGACUCAUCCAGAUAGAUUUUCCAAUGCCACCGAAAACGAGAGAAAGACGGCUACAGAAAAAUUCCAAGCUGUAGCCGAUGCCUACUAUGUUUUAUCGGAUCCAGUACGACGGAAAGAAUAUGAUGCACUAUACUCAUCGAAUGGAGCCGGUGAUAAAAGCAGUGACCCAAAGGCCUCUUCGAGUUUCUUUACGCAUUUUGCCAGCAUGUUUGGCGGUGCAGGCGCAGCACCAGCUCAAGGGUCGAGACCUGAUGCUGAGAACGUAUUUGCGGACGUCUUUGAAGAGCUUCUCCGUCCGGAGGUCGAACGUCACGCACCAUGGUGGUCAUACCUUGGCGCCGUUUGUGGUGGUGGAAUGGGAUUCAUAGUUGCCAAUCUGCCGGGUCUUAUGAUAGGCGCAUAUGCAGGUAACCGCGUCGGUGCGAUACGUGAUGCCAAAGGUAAGAGUGUUGCUGCCGUAUUCUCCGAACUUGGAGGUAGCCAGAAGGCGGAGAUCUUGCGCGCUUUAGCUGCGAAGGUGCUAGGCGCCACUAUGUAAUGAACAUGUUAUAGUAUGCGUCGUACCUAUAUUCUGUCCUAUAUUUAUGUUCAGGGAGCCACGCCCUCUAUUAGCGUAUCGUUAGAUUGUUUUACCCUCUGUCGUUGACGCUGAACGUUGAACAGAGGUCUCCACUCCGCGAUAUCGUUUGUAACAUUAGUUAGCAUCAUCCUUGGUUUAGUUGCGCAUAAACAUAAAACUUGACGUUGUGCGACCACUUGAUUAACUUAAGC